AUGGGAAGUGCGCUGAAGACGGUACCUGCGUCUGCCAGAAAAGGUUUCCAUGGAGACCUGUGUCAGCAGACUCUCAAGACCAUCUGCCCAGGCACAGAUAAGGCAAUGUACUCCUGGAUGGCUCUCGCUGGCUUGCCGGUUCAUCCGCACGCUAACGAGCCCAGCCUCACGGAAAAGGCCAAUCUGACGCAAGCCCGCCGUUUAUGCCAGCGUCGAGGAUACGACGUGAUCGAAUAUAGCGCCUUCAUCAACCCGACCAAGGGCGUGCGCGGCUGCAUGGAAGCAUUGCUCCGAAAGAUGAUGGCGAGCACUUACGGCAGCACUAUCACCGUAUGGACGUCGUACGUGCACAGAGGGGAUCAUGUCAUUUACAAGCAGGACAAGAACAACCAUAGGCAAGCGGUAUUUGACCGGGCUGGAACAACCCUUAAUGACGUCAUUUGCGAAGCCAAGUGGCUUCACGCCAACAACUCAGCAUAUACCGCAGCAACCCCAGCAUCCAGACGUAUUGUCACUGAGCCAUUCGCAGAGGAGGCAUGUCAACAGUACGGACUUCAGCUCGUAACCGAAGACUGGCUGCGAGCACAUGGCGAUGUAUUAAGAGAGCGCGGGCUCGAGAGGUUGGCUCUGAAGCAUGAACGUGACCAAGCCGCUUACCACGUCAAGGCAAUCCGGGUCGAUGGUGAUUCCCUUUACAGAACCGUAACAUUUAGCGAGAACAAUCAAGAGUUUCACCACACCAGAAGCAAUGACAGAGCCCAAAUCCUCUGUGUCGCAUGCAACUGUUUGAAUCAAGGUCAUUGUGACGACAAGGGUAAAUGCAUCUGCCCGAAAGAAUUUACCGGGAACAAGUGCCAAUCGGUUGUGUGCACGAAUCCCUGGGUGAAAAAGAACAAAGAAUGUGAAUGUAAACCCAGACUAGAUGGACCUAAUUGCACAGAAGUAUGCCAUUGCUUGAAUCAUGGGAAGUGCGCUGAAGACGGUACCUGCGUCUGCCAGAAAGGUUUCCAUGGAGACCUGUGUCAGCAGACUUUUAAGACAAAGUGCCUGGGUACAGAUAACGCAACCUACACCUGGAUGGCUCUCGCCAGCUUGCCGUGUCAUCCACACCUGGACGGUGACAGCUGCCAGAAGAAAACGAACUUGACGCAUGCCCGCCAGAUGUGCAAGAGAAGAGGAUACGACGUGGUCGAAUUUCAUGCCUUCAUUUCCUGGGCUCUGAAUGUGCGCGACUGCAUGGAAGCAUUGCUCAACGAGAUGAUGGAGAGCAGUUUCAAGAGCCCUAUCACAAUAUGGACAUCUUUCUUGAGAGAGUUGAGGGAUGCUACCAAGACACAUCUCUUGUACAAGCAGGGCAAGAACGGCUUAAGAGAAGAGGUACAUGAUAGAACCGGAGCAGGCCAUCAUGAUGUCAUCUGCGAAGCCAAGUGGCUUCACGCCAACAACUCAGCAUAUACCGCAGCAACCCCAGCAUCCAGACGUAUUGUCACCGAGCCGUUCGCAGAGGAGGCAUGUCAGCAGUACGGACUUCACCUCAUAACCGAAGACUGGCUGCGAGCACAUGGCCAUGUAUUAAGAGAGCGCGGGCUCGAGAGGUUGGCUCUGAAGCAUGAACAUGACCAAGCCGCUUACCACGUCAAGGCAAUCCGGGUCGAUGGUGAUUCCCUUUACAGAACCGUAACAUUUAGCGAGAACAAUCAAGAUUUUCACCGCACCAGAAGCAAUGACAGAGCCCAAAUCCUCUGUGUCAGAUGUAAGUGUUUGAACCAGGGUCAGUGUGACGACAAGGGCAAAUGCACAUGCCCGAAAGAAUUUACCGGGAACAAGUGCCAAACGGAUUUCGAUGAAUGUGCAUCCACUGCACAUAACUGUGACUCAUCAGCAGCCUGCAUAAACACUCUUGGAUCAUUCUCAUGCGCUUGCAACGAUGGUUUCUAUGGAAAUGGAAUCUCUUGUCAGGGUUGUAACUUCCAUGAAUUGAACAUCGCCAGUGUUAACAGAACUACUGGCCAAGUAACCUGUGCAACUGGCUAUACACGUGUUGAAGGCAACUCAGUUGCUACAUGCCCCAAGAACUCAGCAACUGGCAAUUGGGAAGGAGUUGGAAACUGCAGAGCUUUGUGCAGCGAGCCAGCAGCAAUCACCAAUGGUGUUGUGAAUCCGGGAAUUCAAGUUGCUGUUUCUGACUCUUCAGAAAAGUUUUACUCUUCAGCUGUGUAUAAGUGCAAUCAGGGAUAUCGGCUUUCAACAGGCACGAGCAACGUGCUAAGUUGUUCCGUCUCGGGUGAUGUCGCUGAUUUUGGAUCAAUACCAGCUUGUCAAGCCUGUACGGUUGAUGGUAGUGGUCACAACAUUGCCUCGGUGUCGGCUAGUGGCACAGUAACAUGCAACGAUGGACACUAUCACAAUGGGUCGCUGCCUGUUUGCCAAGAUGCAUUUGUAUCCUGGCAGAACAUUGGCAGUUGUCAAGCUGUGUGUACACAUCCCUGGGUGAAAAAGAACAAAGAAUGUGAAUGUAAACCCAAACUAGAUGGACCCACCUGCAUAGAAGUGUGCAAUUGCUUGAAUCACGGUCAGUGUACUGAAGAUGGCACCUGCAUCUGCCGGAAAGGUUUCCAUGGAGACCAGUGUCAGCAUACCAAAUGGCUCCAUGCCAACGAUUCUGUAUACGCCGCAGCAACUCCAGCACUCAGACCCAGGGUGACUGAGCGGUUUGCAGAGGACGCAUGUCAGGAGCACGGAUUUCAUCUCAUUACCAAGGAUUGGCUACAAGAACAUGGCCAUGUGUUAACAGAGCGCUGGCUAGGGACAUUGGCCUUACUGCAUAAGCACAAGCAAGCACCUUACCACGUCGCGUCAAUCCAAGCCAAUGGAAGUUCCCUUCACAGAACCGUAACGUUUAGCGCGCAAAAGCAGACAUUUCAGAAUGCCACAAAAAAAACUCAAGCCCAGAUUCUCUGUGUCAAGACCUGUGAAACCGGUUUUCUUGGACCAAACCUGAGUUGUGUGUGCAACCGCACCUCAACCUAUGGUCAAUAUUGUGAAAAGGUAUGCAAGUGCUUGAAUCAGGGUCGGUGUGACAACAAAGGUGAAUGCAGCUGCCCGAAAGGAUUCACCGGAGACAAGUGCCAACUCGUUGUGUGUACGCACCCGUGGGUGAAAAAGAACAAAGUAUGCGAAUGUACGGCCAGACUAGAUGGACCUAAAUGCACAGAAGCAUGCAAAUGCUUGAAUGACGCCCAGUGCACUGAAAAUGGCACCUGCAUCUGCCGGAAAGGUUUCCAUGGAGAUCAGUGUCAGCACACAUGCAAAUGCUUGAAUGACGGCCAGUGCACUGAAAAUGGCACCUGCAUCUGCCGGAAAGGUUUCCAUGGAGAUCAGUGUCAGCACACUUUCAAGACAAAGUGCCUGGGUACAGAUAAGGCAAUGUACACCUGGAUGGCUCUCGCCGGCUUGCCGUGUCAUCCACACCUCGACGGUGACAGCUGCCAGAAGAAAACGAACUUGACGCAUGCCCGCCAGAUGUGCAAGAGAAGAGGAUACGACGUGGUAGACUAUAAUGCCUUCACCAGUCAGACGCUUGGCGUGCGAGACUGCAUGGAAGAAUUGCUCAACAAGAUGAUGGCAAGCAAUUUCAACAGCCCUAUCACAAUAUGGACAUCUUUCUUGAGGGAUAGCAAGCAUGUCAUGUACAAGGAGGGCAAGAACAACUUAAGAGAAGAGUUACAUGAUAGUAGUGGAUCAAGCGAGAUGAUGGCGAGCGGUCACAGCAACCCUAUCUCCCUAUCGUCAGGGCAAGAACUAGUUAAGAACAAGCUACAUGAUAGUAGUGGAGCAAGCCAUCUUGAUGGCGAGAUGAUGGCGAGCGGUGACAGCAACCCUAUCAUCCUAUCGUCAGGGCAAGAACUAGUUAAGAACAAGUUACAUGAUAGUAGUGGAGCAAGCCAUCUUGAUGGCGAGAUGAUGGCGAGCGGUGACAGCAACCCUAUCUUCCUAUCGUCAGGGCAAGAACUAGUUAAGAACAAGUUAAGAAAGGAGUUACAUGAUAGUAGUGGAGCAAGCCAUCUCGAGAUGAUGGCGAGCGGUGACAGCAACCCUAUCUCAAUAUCGGCAUCGCUCGAGGAGGAUGACCAAAAUAUCAUAUACCAGCAGGGCAAGAACGAGUUAAGAGAAGAGUUAUAUGAUAGUAAUGGAGCAAGCCAUCAUGAUGUCAUCUGCGAAGCCAAGUGGCUUCACGUCAACUCUUCAGUAUACACCACAGCAACGCCAGCGCUGAGGCCCUACGUCACAGAGCAAUUCGCAGAGGAGGCAUGUGAGCAGUACGGACUUCACCUCGUAACCGGGGCCUGGCUGCAAGCACAUGGCCAUGUAUUAAUAAGAGAGAGAUUCCUAGAGAGAUUGGCUAUUCGGCAAGCACCUUAUCACGUCAAACCAAUCGUGGUGAACGGCAACUCCCUUUACAGAACCGUAACGUUUAGCGAGGGAAAACAGAGGUUUGUGAACACCACAAGCAAUCACCGAGCCCAAAUCCUCUGUGUCAUGUGCAAGUGUUUGAACCAGGGUCAGUGUGACGACAAAGGCAAAUGCAUCUGCCCGAAGGGAUUCACCGGAGACAAUUGCCAGAAGGUUGUGUGCACACAUCCCUGGGUGAAAAAGAACAAAGUAUGCGAAUGUAAGGCCAGACUAGGCGAGACUAACUGCACGGAAGCAUGCAAUUGCUUGAAUAAUGGUCAGUGUACUGAAGACGGCACCUGCCUCUGUCCGACCGGAUUCCGCGGAGACCAAUGUCAGGACACUUUCAGGACAAAGUCCCUGGGUACGGACAAGGUGAUGUACACCUGGACGGCUCUCAAUGGCUUGCCGUGUUAUUCAGGCAGCUGCCCGAAGAUAACCAGUUGGAUGGAAGCCAGAGACGCGUGCGGUGAUAGGGGAUACCAGCUGGUCGACUUUAAAACCUUCACCUGGCUCGGUUCAAAGCUUGGUGUGCGUUACCGCGUAAAGUCAUUGCUCCACGAGAUGAUGGCGAGCACUAACAGCAGCGCGAUUACGAUAUGGACAUCAUCCGAGUACUAUCGUCGGCGUAUUAUUUACAAGCAGUACAAGAACAAAUCGAGUGAUACAAUAUUUAGUGUUCAUGGGUCCGGCCAUCACAAUGUCAUCUGCGAAGGCAAAUGGCGUCACAUCAACGAUUCACAAUACGCUGCCGCAACCAUACCGCAGUAUCACUGUAUCAGUUGGCAGUAUGCAGAGAACGCAUGUCAGCAGUACGGACUUCGCCUCAUAACCAAGGACUGGCUACAAGAACAUGGCCAUGUGCUAAGAGAACGCUGGCUAGAGAGAUUGGCUUUAAAUAAGGCCGACGGAUUAGGUUACCACGUCGCGCCAAUCCUGGUCAAUGGUCAGUCCCUUUACAGAACAGUAAAAUUUAGCAGACAACAUGUGACGUUUAAGAAUGAAACAAGCCAGGAGAAUGCCAAGAUUCUCUGUAUCAGGUCCUGUGGGAGCGGUGUUCUUACACCGGACAUGCGUUGUGUAUGUAACCGCACUAUGUCCUACGGUGAAGAAUGUGAAAAGGCAUGCAAGUGCUUGAACCGGGGUGAGUGUGAUGACAAAGGUGAAUGCAGCUGCCCUAGAGGAUUCACCGGCCGCCAUUGUCAACUCGUUGUGUGCGCAAAACCCUGGGUGAAAAAGAGCAAAGUGUGUGAAUGUCAACCUGGACUAGAUGGACGCAACUGCACAGAAGCAUGCAAUUGCUUGAAUGACGGCCAGUGCACUGACGAUGGCAGUUGCAACUGCCAGAACGGUUUCCAUGGAGACCAGUGUCAGCACAUUUUCAAGACAAAGUGCCUGGGUACAGAUAACGCAACGUACACCUGGAUGGCUCUCGCCAGCUUGCCGUGUCAUCCACACCUCGACGGUGACAGCUGCCAGAAGAAAACGAACUUGACGCAUGCCCGCCAGAUGUGCAAGAGAAGAGGAUACGACGUGGUAGACCAUAAUGCCUUCACCAAUCAGACGCUUGGCGUGCGCGACUGUAUGGGAGCAUUGCUCAACAAGAUAGUGACGAGCGGUUACAGAAACCCUACUUCAAUAUGGACAUCGUUCAAGAAGGAUGACCAACAUCUCAUAUACCAGCAGGGCAAGAACAAGUUGCCUAAAGAAUUGUAUGAUAGUGAUGGAACAAGCCAUCAUGAUGUCAUCUGCGAAGCCAAGUGGCUCCGUUACAACGACUCUGUAUACGCCGCAGCCACGCCAUCACUGAAACCCAGCGUGACUGAGCAAUUCGCAGAGGAGGCAUGUCAGGAGUACGGACUUCACCUCAUAACCAAGGACUGGCUGCACGCACAUGGCCAUGUAUUAAGAAAGCGCUUGCUAGAUAGAUUGGCUCUUCGGCAUGCAUCUUACCACGUCAAACGAAUCCGAGUGAAUGGCAACUCCCAUUACAGAACUGUAACGUUCAGAAAUCACAGUAAUCAGCUUCAAAAUUCCACAAUCAAUCGCCACGCCAAAAUCCUCUGUGUCAAGCACUGUGCUAACGGCGUUCUUGCCCAGGACCUGAGUUGCAAGUGCAACCGCUCUGUCUUCUAUGGCGAAUACUGUGAAAAGGACGACUGCAAGUGCUUGAACCAGGGUCAGUGCGACAACAAUGGUAAAUGCACCUGCCCGAUAAGAUUCUACGGAGAACAUUGCCAACUCGAGUGCAAAACAUGUCUGAAUCAGGGUCGUUGUAAUGAAGACGGCACCUGCACCUGCGCUGAAGGAUGGAUUGGUGACCGUUGCCAGACCCGGUGUUUGGACACGGACCCAUGUUGCGUGAACAAGCGCAUCGUGACACGCCGGGAUCACGUCUGCCGCGCCGCCACCAGCGACUGUGACGUGGCGGAGUACUGCGACGGCGAGACUGCCACAUGUCCAGAGGACCUGACCGCGCGCAAUGGCUGGCCAUGCUCCAAUAGUCAAGCAUACUGCUGGAGUGGAGUUUGCCAAUCACGAACUGAGUGUCUGGAACGAUAUGGAUCAAGGGGCAGCUCCUGA